AUGGCUGUACAGAGCCCUGAACAUCAGCCCGCAUUGACAGUACGAAGUCCCGGGCUUCUUCAAUUACCCGAUGGGAUCUUAUUGUGGGUCGCAUCAUAUUUGCCAAAUCGAGAUCUCAAAUCCUUGCGCUUGGCAUGCAAAAUACUAGGCGAGACGACGCCACUAUCAUUCUCGCGCGUGUUUCUUUCGGCCAAUUCGCUGGAUAUCAAGGUUUUGCGCGCUGUGGCGAAUCAUCCAGACUUCAGGAAGCAGGUCACCGAAAUUAUUUGGGACGACGCGCGUUUUGUUUCGGCUCCAAUGUGCUGGGAGGAAGGUGAGCCGUACAUCGAUCGCAGUGUUUUGCAAAUCAACGACGGAGAAGGAUGUCCUGAGUGGUUCUUAAAUGAAUGCAAGGACAACAUCCGCAGCAUGAAGCAGCGAAAAUCCUACGAUGUAGACAGGCCCGACCAUACGGCUCGCCAGCAGCAGGCGGAUGCACAGAUGCCUCUAAAGGACUGCUGGAAGUACUAUUCGCAAGUUUUCAAGGACCAACAAGCGGUUAUCGAAUCUCGGGAUGAUGAAAAAGCCUUCAUCUAUGGCAUAGAGCGAUUCCCACGGCUGAAACGAGUGACCGUUACGCCUGCAGCGCAUGGCCGCAUUUUCUUUCCACUAUAUCCAACACCUACAAUCCGAGCAUUUCCUUAUGGCUUUAACUAA